AUGUCGACCGGUGAUGUCACGAAUUCGCUGUUCCACGUCAGCAGCAACAGCCCUGACGUGUGGUGGUCCCUCCCCGACGGCAUUUCCGAGAGACUGCCCUUGCCUCCCGGCCGCUGGCAGAGAAUAGAGGAGCUCUCACAUCGGAUGGGAGUUCUCCUAUCCCCAGACCUGCUGCUGCGAUGCCUGGCCCAGGACAUGUACUACUACCUGCUCAUGCCGGGAGCCCAAUGUACUCUCAAUCAGCAGCAGCAGGACGGCAGGGAGGAAGGCAGCAGGGAGGACGGCAGCAGAGAAGAUGAAAGCAAGAGGAGCACUGCAUCUGGUCCUCCUAGAUCCAACGAGCCCAUUUCGUACUUCACAGCCCACAGCCGGCUGCGGUCGCAUCUGGAGGCGGUGGGGGACUCGGUGCUAGCGCUCACGUGUGUGCUGCACCUGGUGUGCCAGCAACCACCCCUGUCCAUGGGUGAUCUCACAUCACGCAAAGACAAGCUUGUGAGCAACAGGAGUCUGGCGGGCAUAAGAGGAGGGGUUCUGGGCCCGCCGGCAGCCAUGCUGAGCUUCUCAGACGCGCUGCUCAUGCAGGGCAAGCGCGCCGUGGCUAAAGGGGGGGGUACGGUGGAGUCUUCGUUAGUUGCCUGCACAAUGGAGGCACUUGUUGGCGCAGUAUAUGCAGAGAAGGGCCUGGAAGCAGCAUCAGCCUUUGUCACCCGCCUGCUGCCCUCCCUAGUGGACUCCCGCACUGCUGCUCCACACACACAGAGCCUGGAGUUUGGGCGUCAGUAUGAGCAAGAAUCCAGGCAUGAGCACGGGCAUGAGCAGCAGAAGCAGCAGCAUAUUCAACUGGACGGAGAGGGAAGUGUGACGGUGGGCGACGCUGCAGCAGUAGGGAGAGUGGAGUCUCCAGCAGAGCAGAGUGACCCUGUGGCUCGUCUGCACGACAUGUCCCUUCAGCAACUGGGACUCACGCCGCAGUACCG